GACACUUGGCACCCUAAAAUGUCAAAACUCAACAUGUUGACGAAAUCAGAAAACCUCAAAUUAGUGUGAAAGAAAACGUCGAGUUAAUCCUAGAAUAUCUUCAUCAACUAAAAAUGGACUUGGACCCAGAUUACAAUCCCAGUUUCAAGGCCAAAAUCAACACCAAAUGGGUAGCCACAGUGGCUAGUAUUUGGAUCCAGUGUACCAGCGGCUCACUCUACACCUUCGCCAUCUACUCUUCCGCUCUCAAAUCUAGCCAAGGAUACGAUCAAUCAGCCCUAGAUGUUGUCUCUGUUUUCAAAGAUGUUGGCGCCAAUGUCGGCAUUCUUUCCGGCCUCCUAUACUCCUCUGUCACCGUCCGCCGCCGCCGUUUUGGUGGCCCAUGGGUGGUGCUGCUUGCCGGAGCUGUUCAGUGCUUUGCUGGUUACUUUCUUAUGUGGUUGACCGUCGUUGGUAUUCUGCCUAAACCCCCUUUAUUGGUUAUGUGCCUCUACAUGCUUUUAGCUGCUCAUGCUAUGACUUUCUUCAAUACGGCCAAUGUUGUCACUGCUGUCCACAAUUUCCCUACUUACAGAGGCACCAUUGUUGGCAUCAUGAAGGGUUUCCUCGGAUUGAGUGGAGCAAUUUUAAUUCAAGUAUAUCAGACAAUCUUUAGAAACAGGCCCACUGCAUAUCUUCUGUUAUUGGCGUUGUUGCCUCCUAUAACUACUGUGUUACUUAUGUCGUUCGUGACAAUCGCGCAAACAAAUGAAGAUGAUGAGAAGAAGCAUCUGAAUGGUUUCUCAUUGAUUGCUUUGGUCCUGGCUUCUUAUCUCACGGCUGUAAUAAUUGUGGGAAAUAUCUUCUCUUUACAAAUGUCUGUUCGCAUCACCACUUUCGCUGUACUCAUUUUCUUGCUACUUUCCCCGAUCUCUGUUGCAAUCAGUGCCCACAAGGAAAAGUCUUAUAGAAUAGUUAAAUACUUACUCGAGCAAAACUCACCGGCAUAUGAGCAAAAUAGAUCUCAGACACAUGUUGUGGACGUGGGGCAAAGUCAUGAUGACUAUGACGAGUUGCCUGCUGGUGCUGAUCAAGAGAGAGAGAGAAAUGAGAAGACUCCAGAGUGGGGGGAAGAUAUGAACCUUCUUCAGGCAAUGUGCACCACUUGUUUCUGGUUUUUGUUUGUUACCACUGCAUGUGGAAUGGGAUCAGGGCUGGCCACAGUUAAUAACAUUAGCCAAAUAGGAGGGUCUCUUGGGUACACAGUUUUAGAGAUAAACACUUUAGUUUCUCUCUGGAGUAUCUGGAAUUUUCUUGGUCGCUUUGGAGCUGGUUAUGUGUCAGAUUAUUUCUUACGCUCACUUGGUUGGUCAAGGCCAUUGUUUAUUGCCAUUACUCUGGCUGGUAUGACUGUUGGCCAUGCUGUAAUUGCGUCUGGUCUGCCCGGUGCUUUGUAUGCCGGCUCUGUUAUAGUUGGUAUUUGUUAUGGAUCACAAUGGUCACUAAUGCCUACAAUAGCUUCUGAGAUAUUUGGUGCAGGGCAUCUGGGAACAAUAUUUAACACCAUAACUGUAGCAAGCCCUGUGGGAUCUUACCUACUGUCUGUGUGGGUAGUUGGAUACAUCUACGAUAAGGAAGCAUCGGGUGAAGGGAACAUGUGUACUGGAACACACUGCUUUAUGUUAUCAUUCUUUAUCAUGGCAGCUUCCACUUUCUUUGGGGCUCUUGUGGCCCUGGCUUUGUUCUUUCGGACAAGAAACUUCUACAAUAAUGUUAUUCACAGAAGAGUUGCAGCUUGUUAGUUCCCGUUGAUAUGUAAAAUUGAGGAGGAUAUUAGCUGAAUGCCCCUAGCAACAGCUCCUUGUAACAUAGUGUACACAGGUUCUAUACAAUUAGGUUGAUAGGUGAACUGAUUACCAACUUUGUAACUUAUGAUAUGUUUAUGGUCUUGUAUCACUAUGCAUGACAUUGUCGGAUAUGAAAGUACUAAUUGGUGGUCUUGAUAGUUGAUGUGGCAAGUAAUAGCAGGCAAACUAAUCAGGAUGGCACGCAAAGGAAUGAAAUGCCUUUGGCAAAUCGGAUGGGUCCUCAAUAUUCAUCAGGAAAAACACUUGAGUGUUUACACCAAAUUGUAGUGAAAUGUGUAUUCAUUAACUAAUGUCAUUUUUCCCUUUAAUGGACAGUAUAACAUUUGAAGUAA